AUGGCCGAUUCUAAAAUCAUGGUUUGGAUCAACAGAGUUUUUAUGGGUGUUCUCACUUGCAUCACAGCUCUUUGUGGAGCAAGUAUUGGAAUAAUAAUGGGAAUAAUAAAAGGGCCAGCUACAGAAACUGGGCUGGUUCGUGGAGCUUGUAUUGGUGUGGUUACAGGUGCCAUUACUGCUUUGCAAGUUAUGGAUAUGAGCCUUAACGGUGAACCAUUUUCCAAGGUAUCUUUGCUAUGUAGUCUUGUAAAUGGACAAAUCAUUACGGAUUGGGUCGCUCCUGCUAUGCUUAAAGCCUAUCAAUGGCAAGUAAAUGGAGUCGAGGCGAAUUUUGUUGACAUUUUUGAUAUAUUUGAGAACAACGAGUCCAAAGGGCUAUGUGAAGAUUCUAUAAACAAAUUACCAAAAUGCAUAUUGAAGAAUUCUUGCAAAAAGAUUGAAAGCCAUGAGACCGAUUGUGUGAUUUGUUUACAAAGCUUCAAGAAUAAAGAAGAGGGAAGAGAAUUGCCAAAUUGUAGACAUGUAUUUCAUUUAGCAUGCAUAGAUGAGUGGUUAAUUAGGAAUGGUUCUUGUCCUGUUUGUAGAAGAGAUGUUUAGGGGUCAUUUGGUUAAAUUGUAAAACCCAAAGGGGUGGUUUGAUAUGUUUUGAAAGUGUAAAAAAGUUAUGGGUUUUGUUAGUGAUAGCCCUAAAGCCCUUAGGGUUGUCAGUAAAAACUA